AAAAAAGUUAACAGUAAAGUGUAAAAAUGUCUCUUUUACCUUACGUGUUUGGCGAUGUAGCCCUCAACAGACCAUCAAGGCUUUUCGAUCAACAUUUUGGAAUGGUUUUGGAACCGGAAGAUCUGUUUCAACCGGUGUCCAGAAAUUUCCUCAGAUGUCCUGCUGGUUACAUGAGGAACUGGAGGUCCGCAGCGUCAAGAAACGAUGAUGGCUCUGUAGUAAACUUCGGUAAAGACCAGUUCUCAGCCAACUUAGAUGUCCAGCAGUUCAAACCCGAAGAAAUUACUGUGAAAGUAACAGGAGACCGGGAGGUUACCAUCGAAGGAAAACACGAAGAAAAAGAGGACGAACAUGGUCACGUUUACAGACAUUUCGUCAGAAGGUAUGUCUUGCCCAAAAAUUAUGAUGUGGGUAAAAUCGAGUCCAAGCUGUCUUCAGAUGGUGUCCUUUCAAUUAUGGCCCCCAAAGUUGAGGAUGAAUCCAAAGAACACAAGAGUAUUCCUGUGGAACAAACUGGCAAGCCAGUUAAAGCAGUAGAAGGAGAAAAGGGAGCUGUUCCGAAAAAGUAAAAUAUUCAAGUAUUAUAUCGUUAUACUCGAAUUAUUUUGAACUUGAUCUUAUGUUAAUUUUAUAAAUGUUUUUUGUUUGUGUUUCUUCGAUAUUUCAAGUAUUCUUGUGAGUAAGAUGUAGUUUUGUCAUAUAGAAUAUUGUAGAUCAUGUAAAAUUCUAAAAUAUGUAUGUGUAAGACUGAUUUCAUCCAAAUAUUUUUUAAAUUUGCUAGAUUUUUUAAUAAAAAUAGUAAUAAAAA